CAACCAUUCAACAAGCACUUUGGUUGAAGCAUAAUUGUUCACACAACUACACUAUGCCAUUGUUUACAAAAUGUCAUAUUCAGACUCAAUAUGUGACUGAAAUCAGCUCAGAGUUUUAUGUAACAUCAAUCAAAAGUUUCAGAGAAUACUCAAAAUCAUAUUAUGAGGUGAUGUCUCAGAAAUAGCUCUGUUUUGAUUUAUAAAAGAUUCAGAUUAGAUUUGAUGUCAGAGAGAUGUUCAUUUACUCAGCUUGAUGAACAAGUUACUACAAAAACCUUUUCACAAACUCUCUCUCACACACACACGCUGUUUCUAUAAAAGUUGAAAAGAUUCCUCUGCCAGUAAUGUCUAAGUAUUUCAUAUGAUGAGGUAUGACUUGAGAAAGGUUGCAGUUCAACAGCACCACCAACAUCUCUGUACAGGGACUGCACUGAAAGCAUUCAGUCUGAAAUAUGAUUACUUGAAUUUUUUUUAUUUAAGGUUUUUUUUAAACAUAGUAUGUGACAUAUAAUAGCUAAAGGUAUGUUCAGUUUAAACAAUACUGACAUACAUGCACAGUGACUCACUUAUUUUUUUUUUACAUUUUUUUUUUGUUCUGUACUCUGGCAGAGCUUCUGCAAAAAAUUCUGUCUCAGGAAGAGAGUCUUUGAAGCGAAAGAACAAGGUUAGACCACGAAGCCCUGGAGCAAAAAUAAUAAUAAAAAAAAAUACUAAGGAGCACAGAGUGGAUGCUGUAUUUAUUGUAUUUCACCACAGAGAGAGGGAGUGUAAAAAAAAUGAUGUGGGCUUGGCAGAGAGGUCUUGGAAUUUAUACUGAUUGUAUUUCUUGCAGCCCAGAAGGAAAAGUAAAACAGGAGUGUGGCUCUUGACUGUAAAAAUUCAGUGAACCUUGAUUAUUUUGUGAUGCUACAUCUGCUCUUUUUUUUUGAGCUAACAUAAAUCCUCAUAUUUAUGUUCUGGAUGCCAUCAUUUUUUUUUAAAAAGACACUUUUAAGACACUUAAAACUGACUAUUCAUUAUAUUAUAUCAGAUUAAAUUAUAUCAGAAGACAUCAAAGGUGUGUUGCACAGUCUGAUUGAGAUGCUGAGAGCAUACAGCUCACUCUCACAGGAGAGACGAGGGGGAAAUCGACGUAGACAUGUGUGAUUGUACUUUAUGCCUAUGGGGAUGUUCACUUCCUCCAUGCUUGUAACUGUGGAAUAGCUCGGUCGUCCCUGCCUCCCUCUCUGCCUGCAUGCAUCAUUAAGCUGACCAACGCUGUGCUCGAUGUGGCUGUGCGGAGGAGAACACAGGCAUAAACAAGCUCCAAGCACCUCACUAAUGCUGUUUAUCUUCUUUAUGGCCCAUUUUGCACAUUGAACAUGGAUGUGGCUGAAAGGAGCUCUAUUAUGAUAAUUAAAAGAGGAGCCAGUCAACCUUGCUGCUGUUUUGUGUGUGAUUUUCUGCAUUGUUGCUUUGUUUUCAGAGUGUGAGGUUCAUUAGCCAUAUUCCCCAAAAGCUGAGUUCUUCAUUAGUGGAUAACAAACAUGACACAGUUGGUCAGGAGGAGUUUUUUUUUUUGUCCUUUCACUGUUUCCAGCGUGUUGUUGAAGCUGUAUUCAAACACUGUCAUGCUUUCUAACAUAUUUUAUAUCUCAGGGAAGAGAAAUAAGAAAAUACAAGCUAAAGAACAAAAAGGAAGAUAAUGCUUUUUCUGGCUACAAAUACCUUUUUUUUUUAUCUUAAUACUCAGUCCCAGGAGUGCUGUUUUACUGACUCCACUGAUCUGGGGUAGCGUGUGAAGCUCCCUCACUACUGAUUCACAGAAUUUUUGUAAGUAACUUUAUUCCUCAGGAUGGGAAUAUUUCUGUCACGUCCACAUGUGACCAGCUGGAGAGGAGCUGAUGCUGGUGUCGACUACCCACACUGCAAUGCUCCCCACAAAGACCAGCAGUCCCUUUACUCUCUUAUCUCAGUGGUUUGAGAUGCACCUGGCUGAUACUCAGCCUCAGCAUCCUGCAGCUGAAGGAUUAUGCACAAGUCACACUACAGAACUGAUGAGGGACUUCUGUCUCAAUAGAGGGAACUGAUAUACUGGACUGUGAUCCUCCUGACAAUUGAGGAUUAGAGUGUAGACGGCCAGGAUCGCCAUCUGUUAUGUGACGCGUCCGCCUGCGGGACCCAGAAUCCCCUGCGCCGAGGCAAGAUGGAAGAACCCAGCAGCUGCGGGAGAACAAUGUUUUGGCUCUAGAUUUUUAAACGGACAGCUGAGGGCGAACAACACGAGCCAAAACAGCGGGUCAUGGUCGUGCACCGGAUGACACUGAUUGGUACCCCAUAGUUUUCCUGCCCGCCGGCAUUCACCAUGAGCAUCAUUCAAGACAAACUAGGCAAUGAAUUCCUCCGCUCCAACGGGAGCAUGGACUCCAAUUUCGGCCCCGGCAUGAUAAUGUUCAGCCACCUCCCUCCGGUGACCAGCUUCACCCGGCUGGCCGCCCAGUCUGUCAUGCAGGACCUUCCGCCGCAAGAAAUGAUCUUGAAGAAGGAGCGUGACUCGCCUGACUGCAGCAUGGGCACUCAGGGCGGCGGUUUGGGGUGUGCGGGGGUAGGAGACUAUGUUCACGCCAUGGGUAUCAAGCAGGAGAAACUGUCAGAGCAUGAUUAUCGCCUGCCGCUGUACCCAGGAGGACCGGGCAAGAGCACAGAGCUGCUGGAGGUGACACUCAGUAACAACCAGGGCCUGCUGGUGCAUGACCUCAACAUGGGCAACCUGCCGAGUCAGGAGCCCACUGGGAGAAAAGGUCGAAGGUCAAACGGUGAUGGACAGGAGGGUAGACCAAGAAAGAAGCGGAGCGAGGCAAAGCAAUCAAUGAUGCUGGACGCAGAUGGAGGCAGCCUGUCCCCAGGAACCAAGCCUCACAUCUGCGAGCACUGCACCGCAUCCUUCAGAAGCUCCUAUCACCUACGCAGACAUGUCCUCAUUCACACAGGCGAAAGACCCUUCAGAUGCAGUCAAUGCAACAUGAGUUUCAUUCAGAAGUACCUUCUCCAGAGACACGAGAAAAUCCACAGUGGAGAGAAGCCAUUCAGCUGUGACCAGUGCAACAUGCGAUUCAUUCAAAAGUACCACAUGGAGAGGCACAAGAGGACGCACAGCGGAGAAAAGCCGUACAGAUGUGAGACCUGCCAACAGUAUUUUUCUAGGACAGACCGAUUGCUUAAGCACAAGCGAACCUGUGGAGAAGCCAUAAAGAAGGGGCUCGAUCCCGGGAUGAUGGACUUGGGUUGUGUAGACAUGGGACACGGCAGCUAUGGAAUCACUCAGGGAAACGCAGGGAAUACCGGGAGAAAGAGGGGAAGGUCCAAAAAUUCUGGAGAGGGAGGGGAGCGCAAGAAGAAGAAGGGGGAUGCAGGAGGAGGAGCAGCAGCAGCAGCAGCAUCAGCAGCAGGGAUGAGGAUACCACACAUUCAUGAUGCUGUAUCCGGAGGCUACAGCAUCCACGAGUACUCCGUGGAGAAUCAAACGGUAUCUUCCUCCACUGAGCCAGGACCCAGCAUGCAGCAUGGCCACCACGGCCGAGCUCCAAAGAUGGCGUUCAAGAAGGCCAAUCGCAAAAGUCUUGAUAAAGUGGGUCUCGGGCAGGCCAAAGCGGGCCAGUUGGAGCAGAGCGGGGGCAUGGACGGUCUCGGCCUCAUGCAGGGUAACGGGGCUAAAGUAGGGCCCACCAGCAGCAACUACGAUGAUGCCAUGCAGUUUCUCAAGAAGAGACGUUACCUUCAUGCAGCAAACAAUGCAAACUCAUCAGGGCCCGCGGUGGCCGGAGGAACCAACAGCGAAUACGAUGUCAGCGUCGGCCACUUGUCUUCCCACCCGUCUGUCAUUCAGGGUGUUGUUUCCAGCGUGUUGGACAGCGACGCGCCUCUGAGUCUGGACAAGUCAGGGAUCCCCGACGAGGUGCUGCAGAGCCUCCUCGACCACUACACCCAGAAACCCGACGGCUCGCACCACGACGUCCACUUCGACAUCGGCGACCAUCACGUGGAGCUGAACCCUCACUCGGCCGACGGUCCCGACAUCGGCCACAACACAGACGUCCCCAGCCCGUCUGGAGACAAGACCGUCAUGAUGCACGAAUACUCUCGCUUCCUGCUGCAGGCCCUGGAGCGCACCAGCCACAGCGCCAGCUUCCCUCUGGGUCCCGGGCCCCCCAACUCCGGACCAUUCACCAGUUCCCACCCAGGCAACCCCCUCUACUCUGACAAAAACAUCUACACUACUUCCCCACUGGAGUGUGGGUUCGGCCACUCAGCGGCCUCGCCUUCGCUGCCCUCCUCUGUGCCAAAGUCUCACUUCGCGAUGCUGACGGGCUCCUCACCACAGCACAGCUUCCACCUGAGCAGCCUGGAGGCUUCCGCACACCAGCAGCUCACCCCUUCUCAGGAGCUCACCGACCAGAUGGAGAAGCAGCACUCCUCCACUCCCCCUUCCUCCUACCAGAUCAGCCCAUCUGACCUGAGCAGCCAGAAGGACCAACCUCCCGUCAAGAACGGCACCGCGGUCUACCCUCUAACCCCCUCGCAGGAUCUGGCCUCUCUCGACUCCUCCAAGCCUUCCUACCAGAUAGAAAACUUUGCUCAGGCCUUUGGCUCCCAGUUCAAGUCAGACGGCCGCGGCUUGUCUUACGGCACUGACUCUAGCGGGGAGGUGGAUCAUCACAGGAUAAGGACGCCUGUGUCUGAAUUCUCAGGGUAUAGUAGUUUGUUAUCUGAUGUCAAUGAGCCAGUAAGUACAGGUUCCAAAACUCCAACAAGCCAAAGCUACAGAUGAGAGCCUGAGAGGGAGAGAACACUGUCAUUAAAGUUGAUAUGUUAAUUGUU